GGGGUAUUUGGUGGGCAGUAAUAAUCAGGAGCGGCAUCAGAACUGAAGUUUUUCACUUUUCCCCUUCAGCUGGAAAUGUUGAGUGUUGAGUUUUGAUAAAUGAGAAGCUAGCCUCCUACUAGGACACAUUGGCUCCAAGGAGGGUGCCGGCGUUCUCUUAGGUCCUGAUUGUUACAAUAUCAAUAUGGGUUUUAAAUCUGUUCUGUUUUCUAUCAUUUGGAACGAUAUAUGCCGACGGCUUUCGAGCCUGUUAUGUAAAACUGACAAGAAGUGUUACCAGAGAAGUGUUAGUGAAAUAGUUUCUGAGCAGGGAAUGGCUGGGGUUGUGACUGACGACUCUGGAGCUGGAAAGUCUGUCGAUGGAAUUUCAAGUGGGCAGGGCUGUCAAUCUGGCGAAGCAUUGGCGGAAUGGAGGUCUUCUGAGCAGGUUGAAAAUGGAACUCCAUCUACUUCACCCCCGUACUGGGAUACUGAUGACGAUGAUGAUGGUGGUCCAAAACCUUCUGAAUUAUAUGGAAAAUACACAUGGAAGAUCGAAAAAUUUUCUCAGAUUACCAAAAGGGAGCUUCGUAGUAAUGCAUUUGAGGUUGGCGGCUACAAAUGGUACAUCUUAAUUUAUCCACAAGGUUGUGACGUCUGCAAUCAUCUGUCAUUGUUUUUAUGUGUAGCUAAUCAUGACAAACUUCUUCCAGGGUGGAGUCAUUUUGCACAAUUUACAAUAGCUGUGGUGAAUAAAGAUCCAAAAAAAUCAAAAUAUUCUGAUACACUGCAUCGAUUCUGGAAAAAGGAGCAUGACUGGGGUUGGAAAAAGUUCAUGGAGCUUUCAAAAGUGUAUGAUGGAUUUGUGGACACUUCUGACAAUCUGAUCAUUAAAGCUCAAGUUCAAGUCAUCAGGGAGAAAGCAGACAGGCCUUUUCGUUGCCUUGAUUGUCAGUAUAGGAGAGAACUUGUUAGGGUAUAUUUGACAAAUGUAGAACAAAUUUGCCGUCGUUUUGUGGAAGAGAGAAGAAGCAAGCUUGGGAAGUUGAUAGAGGAUAAAGCUAGGUGGUCAAGCUUCUGUGCUUUCUGGCUUGGAAUUGAGCAAAACUCCAGGCGCCGCAUGUCUAGGGAGAAGACAGAUGUUAUUUUGAAAGUAGUUGUAAAACAUUUCUUUAUAGAAAAAGAGGUGACUUCUACCUUGGUGAUGGAUUCUUUGUAUAGUGGAUUGAAAGCUCUUGAAGGCCAGACGAAGAGCAAGAAAGGCAGGAUAAAGUUCCUGGAUGCUGAAGAAAUGCCGGCACCGAUAGUUUGUGUUGAGAAAGAUAUGUUUGUACUGGUGGAUGAUGUUUUACUGCUACUUGAGAGGGCUGCUGUAGAGCCAUUGCCUCCAAAAGAUGAGAAGGGUCCUCAAAAUCGUACAAAGGAUGGAAACUCCGGGGAGGACUUCAAUAAAGAUUCUAUUGAGCGUGAUGAAAGACGUCUUACAGAAUUGGGUCGCAGGACUGUGGAAAUAUUUGCCCUUGCUCACAUCUUCAGCAACAAAAUUGAGGUUGCUUACCAGGAAGCUGUUGCUUUGAAAAGACAGGAAGAGCUCAUCCGUGAAGAAGAGGCGGCAUGGCAGGCUGAAAGUGAACAGAAAGCAAGGCGAGGAGUAAAUGAGAAGGAAAAGAAGUCAAAGAAGAAACAGACCAAACAAAAACGGAACAAUCGUAAAGGGAAGGAAAAGGGGAGGGAGGAGAGACCUAUUGUUGCUGUAAGUGAGAAGCACCUAGAAGACAGGCCUCUUGAUGAGAAAAAAGAUUCUAACAUUGAGGAUGUGCAGACUGUUGCUGAAAAGCCUGAUAUCCUGGAAGAUGUUUCUGAUGUAUCUGAUUCCGUGGAUGGAGUUACUGAAGUGCUUCAACAUGAUUCAGAAGACAGAGAUGCUAGUCUUGUCAACUGGGAUACUGACGCAUCAGAAGUUCAUCCUCCAGCUGAGGCUAGCAACAAUGGUAUCACUAGUCUUUCGUCAGCACAAAAUGGUGUGGCUGAGAAAAGGGGCAGUUCGGUGAUGGAUGAUAGUUCUUCAACAUGUUCUACUGAUUCAAUGCCAUCAGUGGUCAUGAGUGCUCCGUACAAGCGAAAUGCUUUCUCAAACCACAAAGUCCAAAGGUCACUUAGCAGAGUUAAAAAUCAACAGGGUAGAGCUACAACUGAUGGUGGAAGUUGGUCAAGUGAGCUGGAUGUUCAGCCAUCUGGUUCUGCUCCAGAAGCUGGGGAUGCUAAUGAAGAGCUGCGAAGUGGCAAGGUUGGUGGAUCUGAGGGUGAGGGUGCUGAGAUUUCCUCACAUGAUAGGAUGAAGUCGCCUGAGCACUAUGUGAAAAAGGAAGAAGAUUUUUCACUGCAGAAGAAAGUUAGCAUCAAAGAACAAGUUGACAUUGAUAAAGAGAAGACAUCAGCAGCACCAUCCUCAUCUAAUAGUCCCCCUAGAAGUCUACCACCGUCAGUUCCGGUAAAAUCAGAACAUCAGACUAGUGCUACCAUCGAUAAUAUGCAUGUCAGAAAAACAACUUCAACUGGCUCCCAACAGUCUGAUAAAGAUACCUUCACCUCUGCAUCACCAACAAUCAUUGCGCCCAAAACUGAGAUGCUGAGGACGGUAACUGUUAAAGGUAGUGAAAGAUCACAAGUCCCUAUAUUAUCAAGGCCAUCCAGUGCUCCUUUAGUUCCUGGUUCCAGACCAACUGCGCCAGUUGUUUCCCCGGUUCAAACAGCUCCUCCGAUUGCACGCUCAGUGAGUGCAGUUGGCAGGUUGGGUCCUGACUCAUCACCAGCUACUCAUAGUUAUGUUCCCCAGUCCUACAGAAAUGCCAUAAUGGGCAAUUCUGUUGCCUCAACUGCAGCCAGUCUCACUUAUUCCAAUUCAUCAACUUCAGGAGUUAACCCAUCACCUGGCUUUUCACAAUCGCCUUCUUUGGCAUCCUCCUCAUCAAUAUUUUUGCCUCAGGGUUCUGACAGAAUUGAUUCUAAUGGUGGCCAGCAGGGUGUUCAUUUUGGCAUGGCCACGAGAGAUGUUUUACAGAGCGGGCCCCAGUGGAUUGAGAGUUCUCAAAGAGAAGGCACCAGGAGCAUGCAUUAUGAUCCGCCUUCCCCGCUUGAUGAUGUUCAAAACCUUGACUUGUACAAGCUGGUGAGCAGUAGAUCUGUAGCCAGCAUUGCCCCCGAGUUUCCAGCUUGCACAUCAGGCCGGCAUGCCCAAGGUUUGUUGGCAGAUGAGUUUCCACACCUUGAUAUCAUCAAUGACUUGCUUGAUGAUGAACACGGUAUUGGGAGUGUGGCCCAGGAGGGCUCAGUCUUCCAGUCUCAUAGUAAUGGACCACAGGUACUAAAUCGGCAAUUCACUUUUCCCACAGACUUGGGUUCACGUGAUGAUUUAGGAUCCUCAAGCAGUUCUUGCAAGUUUGAGCGGUCACGUAGUUAUCAUGAGCACAGGUUUCAGGGAGGCUACAGCCCAUCCAGCACACAUUUUGACACAGUUAGGGAUUAUAUCCCGCAGGGAAGCACAAUGCCCUAUUUAAAUGGGCAAGUGGAUGGGUUGAUUCAAAACCAGUGGCAGUUGGCUGCCUCUGAUCUGCCAUUUCUUGGCAUGAGAAACCCUGAAAAUGAUGGGUACCCGUACUACCCAGAUUAUUCAAACAUGGCAUGUGGUGUCAAUGGUUAUACUGUAUUCCGGCCGUCAAGUGGUCCUUAGAGAGGCAAAAAGAUGAAGGUUGUCCACAAAGUGGUGGGCACUGAAGUGUAAUAAUGUAUUCGAGGAAAUUGCUGGGUCUUCUAGAUUGGAGUGAGGUUGAAAUCCCCUUUGUUAAGCAAACAUUUUGUAAAGAUUGUUUUGAGUUUAUUUGGUUCUAGCGUUUUUCUGAAGUUUUACUUUUCUCA